UUCUAUCGCAGCAACUGAACUUCAAAAUAAGAGAUAUGGUCCAGUGGUCAGGUUUCCUGGUUUUCACCCAGGUGGCCUGGGUUUGACUCCACGUAUAGGAACUUGCAUAUAAGGACAGACAUUUCAGGAAGAGGAAUGGUGACAGCGAUAUUCAGGAUGUUGGUCAGAAUCGUGCAAAAAGUACCCGCGAUUGGGCAGUGUUGAUGUCACUGUGACAACCAAUGCAGCGACCAAACUGGCGGCUCUAGCAGCAAGACUAUGGCUGCUAACAUGGGGUCCAUGCGUAUACUCAUCAAGGGGGGAAAGGUGGUCAAUGAUGACUUCACCCAGGAAGCAGAUGUCUACAUCGAGAACGGCAUCAUACAGCAGGUUGGAAAGGAGCUGAUGAUACCAGGCGGGGCUAAGGUGAUAGAUGCCUCUGGAAAGCUGGUGUUGCCGGGCGGAAUUGACACGAGUGUGCAUCUGCAGGAGACCUUCAUGAACGCCACCAUCCAGGACGACUUCUACAGUGGGACCAAGGCGGCUCUGAUGGGUGGUACCACCAUGGUGAUGGCUCUGGUUCUGCCUGAACAACACUGCUCCCUGCUGGACGCCUACGAGAAGUGCAGGGCUCUGGCCGAUGCCAAGGCGUGCUGCGACUACGCUCUGCACGUCGGGGUGACCUGGUGGGGAGCAAAGGUACGUAAUGAGAUGGAGACCCUGGUGAGGGAACAUGGAGUGAACUCCUUCCAGAUGUUCAUGGCCUACAAAGACAUGAUGAUGCUGCGGGAUUCAGAGCUCUACCAGACUCUGCAGACCUGUAAGGACAUCGGUGCCAUUGCCCGAGUCCACGCUGAGAAUGGAGAGCUGGUGGCCGAGGGUGCCAAAGAGGCUCUGGAUUUGGGCAUCAGUGGGCCGGAGGGAAUAGAGAUCAGUCGACCUGAGGAGCUGGAGUCUGAGGCCACUCACAGAGCCAUCACCAUCGCCAACAGGGCUCGCUGCCCAGUCUACCUGGUAAAUGUGUCCAGUAUGUCUGCUGGUGAUAUGAUCGCUGCUGCUAAGAUGCAGGGUAAGGUGGUCCACGGGGAGACUACAGUUGCUCACGCAGUGCUGAAUGGGAUGCAGUAUUACCACCAGGAUUGGGCUCAUGCCGCCGCCCAUGUCAUCAUCCCUCCGCUCCGCCUCGACCCAAACACACCCAGCUACCUCAUGGGCCUGCUGGGCAAUGACAAUCUGAGCGUGGUGGCAUCAGAGCACCGUCCGUUCGGCACCAAGCAGAGAGCUUUGGGCAAAGAGGACUUCACCAAGAUCCCUCAUGGAGUGCCUGGAGUCCAGGACAGGAUGAGCGUCAUUUGGGAGAGAGGGGUGGUUACAGGGAAAAUGGAUGAGAAUCGUUUCGUGGCGGUGACGAGCUCCAAUGCUGCAAAGAUCUACAAUCUGUAUCCGCGCAAAGGCCGCAUCAUCCCCGGGGCUGACGCUGACGUGGUGGUCUGGGAUCCAGAUGCAACAAGGACAAUCUCUGUCAGCACUCAGGUGCAGGGCGGAGACUUCAACCUGUACGAAGGGAUGCGUUGCCACGGCGUUCCUCUGGUCACCAUCAGCCGGGGGCGUUUGGUGUGUGAGAACGGCGUGUUCAUGUGCGCCGAGGGGUCCGGAAAGUUCUACCCGCAGCGCACUUUCCCCGACUACCUCUACAAGAAGAUGGUGCAGAGGGAAAAGACUCAGGCUUACAAAGGGGUGGACAGGGAUCCAUACUCUGGUGAUGUGGCCAAGGUUGCAAACACCAUGAAGAAGGAACUCGGUUUGGGCCCCAUAGAUGGAGAGACGCCCAACAAAGCCUGCGGUCGAGUGCACUCCGGAGUCCGAGACCUUCACGAGUCCUCUUUCAGCCUCUCAGGGUCUCAGGUCGACGACCACAUCCCAAAGAGGUCCUCGGCUCGGAUCCUGGCCCCUCCCGGCGGCCGCUCCAGUGGUAUCUGUCUGAACACACACCAAAUAACUGAGACCUCAGAGUGAGCAGAAAUCAAAGAGUGUUGCUGAGACUGAGCAGCACAUCGUGGACCAGCUGUAGGAACAUACAGCGAGAUGUUUCCAGAGCAGUGAGUCUCCACAGAGCAGGACGAUUGAGCUGCACAGGCUGACGAUAAACCACUACUGAUCCUCUCAUUCCUGCCUACCAGUAUUAUAUUUAUACAUGAUCACGUCUUGUUGUCCGUGCACUCUAUAUAUUUAGGAUGUUUGUUUUUCUAUUCCUGUUCAAAUGUGCCAACGUGAAUCACCUGUGCCACACCGACACCCAUGCAUGAAGAGCACCACAUGAACAGGUGAGGAGGAGGAGUGAAGCUCCCUCCGCAGCUUCACACAAACUGGUGCUGUUUUUCUACAAUUACCUACGACGACGACGGUGUUGUUUUACUGUUGGAUGGUUUUGUUGUCCUGAAGGCGCUGUGGCGGCUCAGUGGCUGUGCGUGUUUGUAGAUUCGCAUUGUGUUGGGAAGUGAACGUGUUGAAUCUGUAAGUGGCUGCUUGUUUCUUACCACAAGAAUAACAGCAAAAGAAUAAAGUGCGA